AUUUCUGUUGAGGUGCAACAAGACUUACCUUUUCUUUUGGCUUUUUUCUGUUGAGGGAAAACUAAUCCACAGCCAUGAGCGAAGCGCAACAAGAGGCCCGCUCUUACCUGAGUGAGGAGAUGAUUGCUGAGUUUAAGGCAGCUUUUGACAUGUUUGACACCGAUGGCGGUGGUGACAUCAGCACCAAGGAGUUGGGUACGGUUAUGAGGAUGCUCGGUCAGAACCCCACAAGAGAGGAACUGGAUGAAAUCAUUGAGGAAGUUGAUGAGGAUGGCAGUGGCACCAUUGACUUCGAGGAGUUUUUGGUUAUGAUGGUGAGACAGCUAAAAGAGGACCAGGCUGGCAAGAGUGAGGAAGAGUUGGCAGAGUGUUUCCGUGUGUUUGACAAGAAUGCUGAUGGCUACAUUGACAGAGAGGAGUUUGCACAGAUCAUCCGCAGUACUGGAGAAAGCAUCACAGAAGCUGAAAUUGAUGAGCUCUUGAAAGAUGGAGACAAGAAUGCUGAUGGCAUGCUGGACUUUGACGAAUUCCUGAAGAUGAUGGAAAAUGUGCAGUGAACCAGAGACUGAUGGACAUUCCUUCUUGCCAUAAUUCCUGCUUGCCUUCUCAUCUCACUCACUCAUCUUGAUGAAGCAUAGCCUCUUUUACAGAUGGAGAAGGCCCCUGGUUUAGAACUUGCAAACACUCUUUGAUCUUUCUCAUGAUUAUGAAAACACAUCAAGGACAGUCAGUGACUGUGUGCCCAAAGCAGAAGAGCCAACAUGAGUAGAGAAGUUCACUGGAUGACCACAAGAGGGAGGACAUUGCAAGCCUAGACCACCACUAGCCUAACAGAUUGAAUUUGGUCAAGAUCAGAAAUUUGCCAUCUCAGUCUAGACCUAUGAAAAUACUAACUACUUCCACAAUGCACACCAGCAAAAAAUAAUAAACCAUAAUUGAAUUCAUUAAA